AUGCAGAGGGCUUUGGGCCUGCCGAAGGACCAGCGCAGAGCUCGCGAAGAUGAGCUGGCAGCCCAGUGGAAGGACCGGGGCUACUUCGAGCCUCAGCAGCUGUCGCAGGAUCGUAGCAAGCUCUUCGGCCGGCGCCUCACGAGCGACGCCCAGGGCGCGGACAUCGGGGUGCUGGUGCCGCCGUACCUGCCGUUGUUCGGCAAGUCAGGCGACGGGCCGCCCUCCACCUCCAAAGUGGCGUGGAGCCAGGACAUGCUGGAGCGGAGCGAGGAGGCCUUGGAGAAGUGGGGCUGCGUGCUGCUGCGCAGCUUGCUCACUGCCGAGGACGUGGCUCAGCUGCGGACCGCGCUGGGCCUGGGGGGGGUGGUGAACCCCAAGACCGGGCGCUGGGAGGUGCCCAAGCGAGCAGCGGAGGCUGGCGUUUGGCAGCAGCAGCAUGAUCCCAACAUUGCCAUGGGCCGCUAUACCUUCGGGCGGCUGCACUUGCUGCUCCGAGGAUCCCCGGAGUACGAGCCGGCGGCGGUCUCGCCCCAUGCCUCCGUGGCACCGCUGGUGCACAAGCACUUCGAGAUCCAGGAUUUGGCCAAGAGUCCCAUCUUCCUCUCGGAGGCCCAGCUGGUGAUCGCGGAUCCCUUCGCGGAGCUCCAGCGCUGGCACAUGGACUCCGCCACCGGGAAAGGACUCUCCAUCUUCAUCCCCCUGGCCACUGUAGCGCCGGACCGGGGGCCCCAAGAGCUGCUGCCGGGCACCCAUGCGCUGCAUGAUCGGCGCCUUGGGCUCCGCGAGCGCUGGCGCCGGUGCCUCCGAAGUCUCACCGCCAGCCACGGGGCGGUGGCCGCCGCGAGCGCGAGCGCGGCCUGGCGGGCCGGAGACGCGCUGGUGCUGGACGCCGGCACCCUGCAUCGAGGCUUGGCCAACGAUAGCCUCGGCGCGCCCAUCCCGAUCCUGAUCCUGCGCUACGAUCCCAAGGAUCGAGCACCACCAGGCUGUCGGCGGUCAUGGCUGCUGACGAUGACAGGGCUGGGCCGUUUGCUUUCCAGCGUUUUCCGACUGUAUGCCUGGGUGUGA